ACUCAACUGUACAGUUAAAGAUAAAUGGCAUCAAUAAACAGUCUUACAGAACAGCUUUCUGCAACCAAAGUUGACUAUGUUAAUGAGUUAAGUUUUGCUGGUCGCAAAAUGAAACUUGACACUGCAGAAGAUGCAAAGGAGAUAGUCGAUGCCAUAAAAAACUGUAAAGAUUUGCAAGCAUUAAGAUUAGAAGGAAAUACUCUUGGUUUGGAAGCAGCCAUUGUGAUCGCAGAUGCUUUAAAAUCUAAGAAAGAGUUUGAGAUGGCUUUGUGGAGUGAUAUGUAUACUGGUCGUUUGCGUUCUGAAAUUCCUCCGUCCCUAGAGCGUCUUGGAGAUGGAAUUAUUACUGCUGGUGCUAAACUUUCAGUACUUGAUUUAAGUGAUAAUGCUUUCGGGCCUGAUGGAGUAAAAGGUAUUAAAAAUUUACUUACAAGCGAAGCCUGCUAUAAUCUUAAAACACUGAAGCUAAAUAACAAUGGAUUAGGCAUUGGAGGUGGCAAGAUUUUGGCAGAUGCAUUCAUUACUUGUCAUAAUUCAAGUAAACUAACACGUACACCAUUUGCACUUAAAGUUUUCAUAUCUGGAAGAAAUCGAUUGGAAAAUGAAGGUGCUAAAGCUUUAUCUGAGGCAUUUAAGAUAUUAGGUAGUUUAGAAGAAAUAACUAUGCCACAAAAUGGUAUCCGGCCGGAAGGUAUUGUAUAUCUUGCUGAAGCAUUUCAAAAAAAUACAAACCUCAAGAUUAUUAACAUCAAUGACAACACUUGCACAGAAUCCGGAGCAAAAGCGCUUGCAAAAUGUAUUCCGUCCUUGCUUAACUUAGAAACACUAAAUGUUGGUGAUUGUCUUCUGAAAGACUCAGGGGCUUUAGCUUUGGCAGGAGCAUUAAAUGCUAAAAUGACAAAUUUAAAAGAAAUUAUUUUGUCUUUCAAUGAAAUUAGAAGAGAUGGUGGUCUUGCCAUAGCUAAAAGUAUGGCAAACAAGGAAGCUCUUCAAAUGCUUAAUUUAGAUGGUAAUCAACUUGGUGAUUCUAUUAAAGAAAUAAAACGUUUGAUGACAGACAUUGGGAAUGUUCAAGCACUUGGAUCAUUUGAGGACAACGAAGAACCUGAUGAUGAUGAAGAUGAGAAAAGUAGGGAAUCUGAUAUUUCAGGUGAAGAUACUGAUGAAGACAUAGAACUACAAGUUAAAGGAAUAAGAUUAGAAAAAGAUUCACCUUUGCUUGUGUCAGAUAAAGUUAAUGAGGUGGAGAAAAUAUCUACUAUUGAAGAUGCUCGAAAGUUUUUAUCAAGUCCUUCUUUGAAAGAAUGGCAGAGUUUAGAAGCCAAGCAACGAAAAGACUUGUUAAAAUGUGUGGUUAGAGAGGAUUUACUUCCUCAUGCUGAUAAAGUUUCAAAAGCUUUUGUUGAGAUGUGUUGUUCAUUAAGUUUAGACAGACAAGCUAUUGCUGAUGUAUCAGAUGUUGUGCUGAGGACAGCGUUUAAUGACGAAAAAUUAUCCCUUGAUGAUCUUGUAUCAAACUUAUUAAUAUAUAUGGGUCUUAUAAAGAGUGAAAUAAAAGUUGAAAAAAUAGACGAUCUUAAAGGACCAUUAAUCGGACUUAGAAACGUAAUUUUACAAGAAUAUUUUCCAAGAAAAUACACAUCACAUUUUAUUGCAUUUCUUAUGAAAUCGAACAGAUUGCUCGAUAAAUGUCAAGAUGAAAGGCAUGCCUUGAUGCAAACACUUUAUCAAAAAUAAGAUGAAAGGGAUUUUAUCAAAUAGUUCUUGUUAAGAUGCCACGUGGAAAGUUAUUCUUAUAUAGUUACAAUUCCUCUAGCGCUAAAAGUUUUACAGAUUUUUUGCAAAAAGAGUUGUUUUUAACUUUUAGUAUUUUGAAAAUAUUGUCCAUUAUAAAUAAAUUUGUAAAGAACAAAAAAUAUAUUUUGUUAUAAAGCA